AGAUUGAAACAAAGUCCUAGUUCAUGUCCCUUUUCUCUUGCAGGUAAUCAUUGAGGUAACGGAAAUGCUGCACAAUGCCAGUCUCUUGAUCGAUGACAUUGAGGACAGUUCCAAGUUGCGAUGUGGUUUCCCUGUGGCACACAACAUCUAUGGUGUACCAUCCGUUAUAAACUCUGCAAACUACGUCUACUUCCUGGGUCUAGAGAAGGUGCUGACACUGGAACACCCUGAGGCCGUGCAUGUGUUCACUCGCCAGCUGCUGGAGCUGCACCGUGGCCAGGGCCUAGACAUUCACUGGCGUGACACGUACAGUUGCCCAAAUGAGGCAGAAUACUGUAGCAUGGCACUGCGCAAGACAGGUGGCUUAUUCGGCCUGGCAGUUGGCCUCAUGCAGCUUUUCUCAGAAUGGAGAUGUGACCUCAAGCCCUUACUAGACACACUUGGGCUCUUGUUCCAAAUACGUGAUGAUUAUGCAAACCUCUGCUCACCUCAGUAUGGCGCAAACAAGAGCUCCUGUGAAGACCUGACCGAGGGCAAAUUUUCUUUUCCCAUCAUCCAUGCCAUCCACACACAGCUGCAUAGCGCACAGGUGCAGAACAUCCUACGCCAGCGCACGGAGGAUGAAGCUGUCAAGUGUUACUGUGUUGAUUAUUUGGAGAAAGUGGGCUCCUUUGCUUACACCAGGCAGAAGCUGCAUGAGCUGGAGAAGGAGGCGUACAGAUUGAUUGCAGAAUUAGGAGGGAACCCAGAGCUGGAGGGAUUUGUAGAACAUCUCAGCCACAUUUACAAGGAAUGAGAGGAAGCAGCUUCUCCUAAUCACAAUGUUCAGAUAAACGCAGAAGAGAGCCGUGUCACUCCUGAAUUUUGUGUCCCUCUCCAAACUCCUCUCCCUUAAUUUUUUUUAUCCUGUGUUCGUUUUGGCAACAGUGAGAUUAAAUUGGCUUAUAGUA